AUGGCUGGCACCGUCCCCGCGCUAAAAUGGGCCGGCAUCUUCCUCCUCACGUCCACCGGGUACUUUAUCUUCAAACUUUACCAGCAGCGGGUCUUUUUUCGGCGAAUGGUCCAAAAGUACAACCUUCCAACGCUGCCUGAUCACUCAUGGCUUCUCGGCAACCUCAUCACCGUGGGCAAAAUCAUGGCCAAGUAUCCCAAGGAUGUCCACGGUCAAUUGAUGCCGGAUUUCCUCGCUCGAGACUACCCUGAAAUUGCGGAGCUGGGCGUAUGUUACAUCGAUCUGUGGCCCAUCUCAUGGCCCAUGUUGGCAACCUUUCAUCCUGAUAUCGCAGCACAAUUUACCCAAGAAACGUCACGCCCGAAGCAUGAAAUUAUGAGAGGUCAAUUUAGACCAUUGACAGGAUUGAGAGACCUUGUUCUGUCCGAAGAAGCGUUCUGGAAGAAAUGGCGAGCGACCUUCAAUCCUGGGUUUUCGACGCAAAACAUCACGACCCUUGUUCCUGAGUUCAUUCAAGAGGCAUUGAUUUGGAAGAAAUACUUGCAGGAGAUCGCAGAAGAUGGAAGUGUUGUGCCCCUUGAAGAUUGUGUCAUGAAGGCUACUUGCGAUAUCAUCGGUCGUUCUGUAUUGGGUAUAAGCCUGGGCAUUCAAACAGGCGUUGAUGAUAAGAUUUUCCCGACUCUUAAAAAUGCAAUCUCACUGCUUGUUACAGACUGGUCGCCACAUCAAUGGGGUAGACUUCUGAAUCCUUUGCGCCACUCUCGACUAUCGUCUCUAAACCGUCAACUUCUCAGCCAGCUCCAGCCAUUAAUAGAAGCUCAGCUUCAAAAUCACGAACGCAACGAGGGGCCAAAGACUGUGAAUGGUCUCGCCAUCAGAACUUAUAUGAAGGAAUAUGGAUCUGAGAGCACUUCAGGCGCCACUAUUGACCCUGAAUUUCUGGAUGUCACCAUUGAGAAUUUGAAGAUCUUUCUCUUCGCUGGCCAUGACACCACUGCAUUUACCCUCUGCUUUGCUUACAAUUAUCUGUACCAACAUCCAGAUGUCCUUGCCAAGUUGCGGCUGGAGCAUGAUGCGGUCUUGGGGACUGACCCAUGUGAUGCAACCAGAAGGAUAUCCGAAACUCCGACAUUGCUCAACCAACUUUCUUAUACCACUGCGAUCAUAAAAGAGACUCUCAGAUUAGAACCGCCCAUCGGAUCUUGCCGAGAGGGCUCCCCGAUAUUCUUCCUAAGACAUCCUGAGACAGCGCAGCAGCUUCCAACAGAAGGCUUCAUCCUCUUCUCAGCAAGCAAGGCCAUUCACAGAAAUCCCAAGUUCUGGCCUGAACCUGACAAGUUUAUCCCAGAAAGAUGGCUUGAUCCUAUCGUUAAUAAGAAUGCGUUUCGUCCAUUUCAGCUAGGCCCUCGGGGGUGCAUUGGCCAGGAAUUGGCUUUGACAGAGUUGAGACUUCUUCUUGCCAUGACCGUUAGGGAGCUUGAGAUUGUGCCUGCAUACAAGGAGAGGGAUGAAUUUCUGCUGGGAUAUCAAGCCUAUCAGGCUCAAAUGCCUGGAAAGCUGACUGCACAUCCUAGUAAGGGUAUGCCUGUCAUGGUAAGCCUUAGGAAGGUCGGAGACACCAAGGAAUAG